UCAACGGAUAUAUGCCAAAGCAGAUCCCUAUUCGAUGCGCAGACAGCCCAUAAACCGUAUUAGAUAUAACUCCAAGUGCCUUCGUUCUUGAAGAGCUCUCUCUCUCUCUGCUGAAAUUCGGGCCGUUUCUGUGAUGCAUAUGCCGAAACAAAAAGUAUGGCCAGCGAGAUCAAGGAUUCAGAAGAGAAGCCCAUUAAUGGCGGGCAUCCGGACGACUUCCAGGUCUCGGGCCCUCGAAAUCUAUCAAAGCCAACCUGGAGAGACAUAAUCAACUCUAGCUGGAGGGAUGAGAAGUACAAGAGGACAGUAAUGGCGUGCUUUAUUCAGGCAGUGUAUCUGGUGGAACUGGACAGGCAAGAAAAGCGAGAAGGAGAAGCGGCCCUGGCACCGAAAUGGUGGGAGCCCUUCAAAUACAAAAUGGCGGAAGUGCUGGUGGACAAGAGAGAUGGCUCUGUGUUUGGAGCCAUUUUCGAAUGGGACCGUUCCGCGGCUCUUUCCGACCUGCUCCUCAUAAGACCACGGAAAGCGCCACGCGCGGUCGUGGCCCUGCGCGGAACGCUCCUGCGGGGGCCGACUAUGCGUAGAGACAUCGAAGACGACCUCCGAAUUUUAACCACGGAAAAUUUGCGUGGCUCGUGUAGAUUCAAAAUCACUUUGGAGGUCGUUAGGAACGCCGUUGCUCGGCACGGAAGCGCAAAUGUAUAUAUGACGGGGCAUUCUUUGGGGGCGGGGCUUGUUUUGCAGGUGGGAAAAGCCCUAGCUGAGGAAGAAAUUUAUGUUGAAGCUCAUCUUUUCAAUCCGCCGUCGGUUUCUUUGGCCAUGGGGCUCAGAAGCAUCGGGGAAAAAAUGGAGCUUUUGUGGAAGGGCGCCGUCGACAUGGCCCGCGCCAUUUUGCCUAAGAAAAAGAGCGAGGGUUUUGAUGAAAAAGACGACGAUUCUUCUUCUUCCGUUGUCUGCGAGGAGCUCCGAAAGUGGGUUCCGCAUCUUUAUGUUAAUGACAGUGAUUACAUUUGUUGUUAUUAUAAUGAUGAGUCGAAUAAGGAGAAUUCUGGUAAGUUGGUUGAGGGGCGUGAGGAGGUGAAGAGUGUGGUUGCGAAGCUUUAUGUUAUGUCGAAAGGGCCCAGGAAGUUUUUGGAGGCGCACGGUUUGCAGCAAUGGUGGUCGGUUGAAUCAGAGCUUCAGAUGGGGCUUAAUAGCAGUAGAUUGAUACAGAGGCAGCUCAGUUCUUUGGGUGUUUCUCCUCAAUUGAAGGAAAGCCGGAGAUGACGGGAGAUUCUGGGAUUAUGAUUAUGGUUAUGGCGAUUUUUUGUUCAGGGACCGUUGUAGUGGGUAUCGUGUGAAGCAGAGAAAGGUCUGAGUCGUUAGUGACCGUUUAUUUUAUUUUUUUGUAUUUAAUAAGAGGAUAUCAUGGCUGUGGUAGUGAUAUUGAUUGCAUUCUUUCCGUUGGAGCGCGGGGACGCAACGGUCCGAUUGUUGAAUUUUGAAAUAAUUAAUUAUCUUGGAAAUUCAAUUCGCUUUCGAUGAUAAUUGUGGGAUCUGUCAAGGACCAUUUUUUAAAAGGUCGAGUUGAUUUGGUACCAAAUAAAGGUUUAAUUGUUUCUUUAUAAUUAUAAUUGUGCGUAACAUUUUUAUG